CAUUGCUCAGGUUUCUUCACGGAUUGUUUGGUAGCCUGAUUGUGAUGCGUCUUGUAAUUCCAGGGAACUGAAGCCAUCACUGUUUCAAAUUUAAUUAUUGAAAUGUCUUAAGCCUCUGUUUUCUCUAAAGCUACUUGAUGACAUUUACUGGUGUCCUCUUGGUGACACAGAGCACUUGAGAGUUGGUUUGCAGCAUGAACUUUAUUGAAAUGUAUAGUUUACAAAGUCAGCUGAAAACUGCUGUUGCAGCUGGAUUUGUGUGGACAAUACUUCCUAAAAGCAGUGGUUUCUAUGCUUCUGGGUGGAAUUACAGCUAGAUUUUAGGUAGGCUGGUGUGGUUUGAUUGUUCACUGAUAACUCUUUAUAGUAGGCCUGCAAAUAUUGAUUAUCGGUAAUCUCUUUAUAUUGUCUUGAUUAAUUGGUUUAGACUUAAACAAUGUCUUGUUUUGUACAAACCCCAAAAUAUUUAGUAUAUUUUCAUAGAGGUCAAAGAAAACAUGCAAAUAUUCACAUUUGGGAAGCUGUUUCCAGAGAGAAAAUUACUCAAUUUAUAGGGUAUUACAAUUAUAUCAAAAUGGUGAGAAUUAUUUUGCCCAAUGAUCCACAGUGCUGCAAGAUAAUACAUCGUGUUUUUUUUAACAUUGUGAAUGGUGAAGCCUGUACUAUUUGAUUCCCUCACCAACUCCAUUUAGUUAUGAGACAUAUAAUCUUUCUGUAUGUAAUGUGAUGCAGAAAUACAAAGCCCUCCAUUAAAAAAAUCAGAUUCAUGUAUCCAAAUAGAGCAGCAGAUGUAUAUCCUUAUUUUAGGAAAGGGUCCAAAAGAGACCAGGUUUGCUCCCCAGAUACGUUUUAUGUUUUGUGAUUAUCUGUUUAAGCCCAUAAUCCCUCUCUAAUCAGGAAUAUUCCAUAUCUGCUCAUAGAGAAUUUAGUGAAAUGACAUCAAUAUCAGGUUCUUCUGGUAGGAAGAAGGUAACCAUGCCUUUCAGCAGGAGUGAUCCGACUCUGAUCUAAACCAAAGAUGCCUGUGCGUGCCUGCACAAUGCUCGGUGUGCUUCCUCUUCUCAACACAGUGUUGGGCUUCCAGCUGUGUCCCAGCCUCUGCCUGUGCUACGAAUCCUCUGACCUGGUGGACUGCCGGUCUCGUGGUCUGGUCCGGGUCCCUCCCAGUGUCCCCCACGGCACCUGGCUGUUGGAUUUGAGUGGAAACAAGCUGACUAAGGUACACACCAGAUCCUUCGUGGGGCUGUGGUCACUGAAGAUCCUCCUAAUGUCCAACAACAGCAUCCAAACUCUGCAGCCACAGUCUCUGUCAUCACUGCAGUUUCUGGAGAGGCUGGACUUGAGUUUUAACCGGCUGCGUUGGCUCCCUCAGGACUUCUCUCAGAGUCUGCCCUCUCUCCAGGAGCUCCGACUGGACCACAACCUGCUGCAGCACCUGGACUCUACUUCACUGGUUGAUUUUGAAAACCUGAGGAAACUGGACCUCAGUUACAACCGCAUCCGGGCGAUGGAUGUCAGGGCUUUCAGUAGCCUGUCUCGGCUGAGCCUCCUCAACCUGGAAGCAAACAGGCUGAAUGUGCUUAAAGAUGGCCUGCUGAGUAGGCAGCAACGCCUGGAGGUGCUGCUGCUCAGCCACAACAACAUCUCACUGAUCGAGAAUGAGGCUCUGGCUCCUUUGCGGAGUCUGACUCUGCUGGGUCUCAAGGGAAACCAGCUGGAGCACAUCAGGUUCAAGACCUUCCUGAAGCUCCAGACCACCACCACCACCACCACCCACCUUCAACUAUCUUUCAACCACUGGACCUGUGACUGCGAGCUGCAGCGCGUCUUUGGCAAGAUCCGUCGUGUUCAGCAUCUGCAUGUGGAUGACUACAAGGACAUCAUCUGCCAUGCUCCUGCUCAGCAAGCCGGGAGCUUCCUGGAAUCACUGGACAGCCAGCUGUGUAUCACUGAGACAGCAUCUGUGCUCGUCAUCACCAUCACUGUGGUGCUGGCUGUGAUUGGUACCCUGGUCAAAGGGGAGCACAACUGGAAGACGAACAAACAAACUGUAAGUGAUACAGAGUCAGAAAGAUAACAAAUCUCCCCCUGAGCCUCUCAGUGAUGACCUUUUUCCCGACCUCAGCAGGGAGAAAAUGCUGUUACCUGAGUGGUUUGGAUGUUUAAUGAUUCUCCUAGCCUUUUUCUUGAAACACCUGGUGUGAAUAUCCGUUAGACAG